AUGUUUCCUAAAUCUUGUGAUGAAUUAUAUCAAUGUCGACUCUACAAAAAAAAGUUUCUUGGAAGCUCUCCUAGAUAUUUUUAUAUCUUUUUGGACAAAGCUGUUGUGAAUAAGGAGUCUAAUCGCAAAAGAGCAGAUCGUGUUUUUAAUGUGGAAAAUACUAAGAGAAUAGUUUGGAAAUACACUACAGAAUAACCAAUAAAAAUGAAAGGAAUCAUAUUUGACAAUGGAAACUAACCACAAGAAUACUUUGGAGAUGAAGAUGUACUUCGUGAAUUAAAAAAACAUAUCUCCAAGUUAUUCUUUUAAGCCAAAGUACAGGAAGAAUAUGUGGCUAUGUAAGUGAUUGGAUAAGGAAACUAUGCUCUAGUUCUUGAAUUAUAACAUUUACACUCAAAUCAAAAAUUCGCCUCCAAAUGCAUAGAUAAAAAAAAACUAUAGACAAUAGAGUAAGGAAUGGAAUCCGUGUUGAAUGAAAUCCAAAUAAUGAGAAUUUUAAGUCCCCAUGAAUAACUCAUUAAUUUGAUUGAAGUCUACGAAGGAGAUAAUAACAUAUAUCUCAUAAUGGAUUUAGCCCAGGGCGGAAGUUUAUACAAGGAAAUGAAGAAUAAGUUGACUCUCUACAGUAGAAAAGAAGUCUAGAAAAUUAUGUAUUAGAUAUUAUCUGGCUUAUAAUACAUUCAUUCGAAAGGAAUAAUGCAUAGAGAUCUCAAGCCAGAGAACAUCCUCUUCAAAGAAAAGGGGAACGUAAACACGUUGACUAUUGCUGAUUUUGGUUUGUCAGUAAAAGUUGAUUCUUACCCAUACCUAUAUCCCAAAUGUGGAACUCCAGGCUUUGUAGCCCCAGAAGUGGUUAAUUUGAUAGAUAAAACCUCAUCUUACACAACAGCAUGUGAUAUUUUCUCUGCCGGUGUUAUUUUUCACAUUUUACUUUUGGGAGAAGGUCUAUUUAUUGGAAAUGGUCACCAAGAGAUUUUGAGGAUGAAUAAACAAUUCUAAGUGGAUUUAGGAAGAAAUAAAUACCAACAAUUAGACUCUGAUGCCAGAGACCUAUUAUUUAAAAUGAUACUCUAAGAUCCUGAUCAACGAUUUACAGCAUAUCAAUGUCUUAAUCAUGUCUACUUUUAAAAUGAUGUUGCUCCAUAAUUAAAACUAAAAAUAUAAGAUAGUCCAACUAAGGUUUCUUUCGAUCAUUAUCUUGAUACUUACAACAGUCCUGAUCAAAAAUUAAUGAACAAAGAUAGCAAAAAAUUAUCUAUAGUCACUAGAACUCCAAUAUAUGCUCCAAAAGCCAGUACACCUGAAUUACCAAAACAAAGAUCCAUUAUGGAGGAAUUAAGUCCAUUAAGUUCAUUUUCUUUAGAUUAGCUUUGUAAUGAAACUCAAAAAGAAGAUUAAUUAUAAUUUGCUAUUACUAAAUGA